ACUCGUGUCUUGUCCUCGGAUUAGCUGAAAUAUUUGUUUUUAUAUAUCUUGUAGUACGCUCGUUAGCUACUGCCAAACAACACUGUUUUAGAGAAUAGAUAGGUAUAUAUAUAUAUAUUUUUUUUUUUUUUUCGGGUUGGUAUCAUUAUACACUGUAGUCUGUGGUAUCAUUACCCAAUAUGCUUGUUCCCAGAAUGUCUCCUCUCAUUCGCUUUUUAGUGCUGCCACUCAACACAACUCAGUUCAGUUAUGCCUAAGAGAAAAAAUAACGAACUGGAGUAUAUUAGUAAGAAGAUAAGGAAAUUAGAAGAGAAAUUACGCCGAGCACGAAGAAUGGAAGAGUCUUCAGACUCCUCUUCAUCAUCGGAAUUGCUAGACUUGCAAAACGAUGCAGGCGACGAAUUCAGCAUAUGUUCCAGGCCACCCAGCCCAAUAGAGGAGGUAGAAAUAAUCUCCAUGGACAAUGAACCGCUGCUGGCAGAUGUACCGCCCGCGCCGCCUGAAAUACCUGCUGAGAGUACCGAGGUACCUAAUGGAGAUCAAGCUUUGCCGGACGAGAUUUUGGAGAUUUUGGGAGAGGACCCAACAUCUGUUUCGCAAUUGGGACCGGAAAUACGGAAGGAGUUGGCUAACAGAUUAAAUCACAUCGCUAUCUCCGGUCUGGAUAAAGAGGUCCGAAAAGAUUUAUUCCAAAAUAAAAAAUACAUGGUUCCUACCAACAGCGAACGCAUCGCCGCGCCAUUACUUAACUUAGAAAUAAGGGCCGCAUUGCCAGAUACCAUAUUAAAACGGGACAAGGGCAUGGAAACGAGACAAAAGCAGAUAUCUGCGGUUAUUUCUUGUAUUGCCCGGGUUAUAGAUAAUCAAAUAAAAAAUAAUAAUGCUGACAGCAAAGUAACCAAGGAACUGAUGGACAGCAUUCGUAUGCUCUGUGACAUCCAGUAUUCCGACUCUAUGAGAAGAAGAUAUUUUAUUUUAUCUUGCGUAAAAAGGGACGUGUUAGAACACCUAAAACUGACAAAGGUUGACAAGUACUUGUUUGGUGAAAACAUAUCAGAGACUUUAAAAACGGCAAAAACGGUGUCAAGAUCGAGAGCCGAGAUUAUAAAAACUCAGGGCAGUAAUAAUAAAGGAACAAUAAAGAGGAAAACACAACCAUCAACUUCAACUUUAAACUACAGGGCUCCUCCGGCACGCAGGCAGCCGGUACAAAAGAGGAGCCAUCCGCCUGCUCCAGCGCGGAAGCCCGAAUUCUCAUCGAGAGGAUCGCGGCAUCAUCAACAGCAAUACAGGAAUCCACAUCGCGAUUAAACGAGGUAACACACGCCGGUCGACUUUCACUUUUUGCCCAACAAUGGGCGAUGAUUACAAAUGAUCAGACAAUUAUUUCUUGGAUCGAGGGUUAUAAGUUACCAUUCUCACGAGGGGUUAUACAAAUGCAUCCCCCCAACAUUCCUGAAUAUACACCUAAAGAAAGAGCAGCUUAUGAAUCCGCAAUAAAUGAGCUCCUGUGCAUUGGUGCAGUUUCAGAGUGUGAACCGUGUGCUGAUCAAUACUUAUCAAGUAUAUUCCUAAUACCAAAACCUAACGGCAAAAACCGUUUCAUAUUAAAUUUAAAAAAUCUAAAUAAACACAUAACCACACAGCAUUUCAAGUUAGAGGAUCUACGCACAGCUAUAAAAUUAAUAACAAGAGAUUCAUUUAUGGCUACCCUGGAUUUAAAGGAUGCAUAUUUUCUAUUGAAAGUUCAUCAUGAUUAUAGAAAAUACCUUCGUUUUAUGUUCAGUGGGAAAACAUAUGAAUUUAAUGUCCUACCCUUUGGGUUAAACACAGCCCCAUAUGUAUUUACAAAAAUAAUGAAACCUGUUAUUAGAUUACUACGUCAAGCGGGUUUCAUAUCUAGUAUAUAUCUUGAUGAUAUGCUGCUGAUAGGACGGUCCUUUAAUGAGAGCAAUAGAAAUAUUAAUAUAACUAUAAAACUUCUAACAGCAUUGGGCUUCAUAAUUAAUUAUAACAAAAGUAAUCUCUCCCCGUCCCAUUCUUGUAAAUUCCUUGGCUUUAUAAUUGACUCGCAUAACCUAGAAAUCAGUUUACCUAAGGAUAAGAGAACACAUAUUCGUAGAGAGUUAGUAAAAAUUAAAAAUAUGCGUCAAUGUAAGAUUCAAAUGUUUGCAAAAUUAAUAGGGUUAUUAGUCUCUGCCUGCAUCGCCAUAGAGUAUGGUUGGUUGUAUACAAAGGCAUUUGAGAGAUGUAAAUAUCUUAACUUGCUAGGCCAUGAUGACUACAAUAGGAUAAUGCAUAUCCCAGAUUCUCUAAAUGAGGAUUUUUCCUGGUGGUUAAAGAACAUUGAUAGGUCGGUUC